AAUCAUGGGUCAUAUUUUAUUUAUUAGUUAAUUGUAUAUUCUUUUGGGUACUAUUGUUGUUUGCUACGGAGUACGUCUUAAAGGUGGUUUGUUAGUCACGAAGAUAUUUAUUUUGUAGGUUAAGAUGAUGCCACUUAGUGUUCAUUGAUACUCCCUCUAACCCUCUGUUCCCUUUUGUUCUUCCUAUACGGGAUUGCAAAAUGGGUGAGGAAAAUGGAAAUUUGGUGGUUGUUCACAUGUUCAUUUCUUGAUUCCUGAAUAAUAGUGUUUACGGCGAACUAAAUUGUUAGGCGUUCCUGGGGUUCUUUAAGUUUGAAGAUGGGUUGGUUGUUGUUGAUAAUUAAGGUUGUACAUAUGAUUUAUUUCCGGAAGGUUUGUGUUUUAUACUUUUAUGUCGAACAAAUGUUGUUGUAUAAUGUCAUUUAUCAUGUCGAUGGGAAAUUGCAUGUUUUGGAAUAGAGAUAUGGAGUAUGAAGUUUGAAGGAACGAAUUCGUACUGAAUUGAAAGUGAUAUCCUGUUGGCUUUGCUGCUAUGAGUUUAAGGGAAACCUCAUACGGAGUAGUAGUUUAAUGGAAGUUUCGGUUAGCAAUCAAGUGAGAUAAGUUGGUAAAAUUCUGUCAAGAUCUUGUGGGCAUGUUGGGGAAAUUCUUAUUCUGCAGCUGCCCAAGUGCUGAUUCUGAAAGGAACAAUUUGCUAUAUUCGCUCUUGCACUCCUAUAGUUCUAUUAUGCUUAAGCAAUAAGCACUAAAAUGUCGUUGGUAUGUGUUUGAAAGAUCCUUAUUCUGGAAGUGAAUGAGCAUUACAUGUUUGUUGAAGGAAGUGAUAAGUAUGAUAAAUUUUUUGUUUUGUAUGACAGUAUAAGUAGAUGAUGAUUAGAUCCCGAGUAAAGAUUAAGGGUGUAUCACCGCUACUUUCCAGUUUUUUGUUUUGAAGCUUGCAAAGUUAUAAAAGUAUGAUACUGGUUGUAUAUUGAAAUUAUUUUAGUCAUACUUGUGCUUGUCAUGUUAUUUUUGGAAAUGGACAACAAUAAACAAAAAUACAUCCGUUUUCCAAAAUCUUGUUUUGUAGUUUUGUACAAGACUGAAAACUCGCAAUGAUAACGAAGAGGCCAUAAGUUUUUCAGCUUAUAUUCAAUCAUGCCUGCACCAUGCUGAAAUCUUGCAUGUAUUACAUUAUUUACAUCUUCUUUUCUGGCUUAACUGUGCUCAUAUUUUAUUUCUUGUCUGCAAUCCCCGAUUUCUCCUUCUUUUACCCUCAUUUUGUUUUGGUGGAAGAUAUAUGUUGAGAGGGGAUGUGAUCUAUGACUGGCCUUCAAAUAAUGAUUACUCUUGCUAAUGCUACCCUUAAUUUUUAUAUGUACCUCAGAACUGGGACGGUGAGUGGGGUGGACCAAUGGAUCUUGAAGAACCUUCAUGCACGUCUACUGGGAUACCAGAUGAUGUGUCUGACAUGCAAUGCUCAAGAACACUUAAAGGCUCUUCAUCAAAAGAUGAUGGCAUAAAUCAGAAAAUGGACAAUGAAGUUUACGUAACAGUAGAUAACUGCAAUGUACCUGAUGUUGGAGCUUCAUCUGACACUAAAGUAAUAAAACCUGAGGUGAUUGAUGGAGAGCAAAAUAUGCAGUUCAUGGAAUGGCCUUACUGGAGAAAACCGCUGAAUACAGCUGAUAUAGAACAGCUGGCAGAAAAUCGAGGAAAAGCUAUGCUACGCUACAAGGAAAAGAAGAAAUCUCGAAGAUAUGACAAACACAUUCGAUAUGAAUCGAGGAAAGCUAGAGCUGAUAAUAGGCAACGAGUGAAGGGUCGAUUUGUCAAAGCGAAUGAGUCCCCUGAAAUAUGAUCUAGCUGCUGAUCGCCCCCACAUUGCUCUCUUCAUCAUGUAUUGUACUGUCUAUGUGUGGUCAUAUGGUUGGAUGUACGAAGUUAAACUUUCCAGGAAUUGAAAAUUCCUAGGGAGUUUCACUUCCUAGGAAGUAUGGAAUAUUGUUUGGGUGAUUACAGGAGGACUUGUCAAGCAACUUCUCAAUGGGGGCAGUAGAAUUUCCUGUAUUUUUGUCAACCAAACAACUUCCAGUUUUCUACUUCCAGGAAGUUUGUUCUUCCUAUAUAUAUCUCUCUCAACUAAACAACCACCACGACUUAGCUGACUUAGUGUAUGUAAAUAUUUAUAUGCUUGUGUACCAGUUUUAAUAUCAACAGUAGAUGUAUGUGCGAAGUAUUGUAUUUGCCCCAUUUUCUGGCAGAUUGACAGAUUUAAUCUCCAAUUUUUCUAUAAAAUGUGAGAAAAUUAUUUUGGAAUUUCAAUGAGAAAUGCCGUGUCUUAGAAUUUCUGGUC